CAAAAAAAAAGGAAAGGUGCAGAGAAAUGUAGAAAAUGAAAAUAAUUCAACAUAUCCUUGGUCUCACAUACGAACGUGUCCUGGAUAGUGCCUGUCGCCCUAAUUGUGUCUCGUAGUAUCAGUCUGGUGAAGUUCGUGUUACUGUUAGCUAGAUUGUGACUGAACAAGGCUAGUGUAAUGUCGAUUUGUCGGAAAUCUAGUAAAAAGGCGUGCAACUACGAAGUGUUGAAUAAUAAUGUGGAUUAUGGCACACGCAGGAUCGACCAAAUGCCGCUGCCCUAUUGCGAUCAACAGGGUCCAUACCGGGAGCGGGUUCAGUUUAGCGAACGGACUCAGCGAACGUGCAAAAGCAUGACGUCGUUCUACUUAUGUGCGUGUAAAGUGAUCUUUGUCGGGGAUGUGUCGACAGGAAAGAGCUCGUUAGUGAACAGAUUUUGUCGCGAGAGCUUCGACGCAAGGUAUCCCGGCACGAUCGGGGUGGAUUUCGAGGUGGAGAGAUUCUACGUCCUGAACCAUGCGUUCAGCUUGCAAAUUUGGGAUACCGCAGGUCAUGAGAGAUUCAAGUGCAUCGCCCAAGGAUACUACCGGAACACGAACGUCAUUGUGACAGUGUUUGAUAUGAGUCGACCAGAGACCUUGAUGAAUGCCCGGAGGUGGCUGGACGAAGCCAUGAAACUUAACAGUGAACAAAAUGUUCAGAAAUUUCUAGUCGGCACCAAAAUGGAUUUGCUGGAUGAAUCUACCAUGAUGGAAACACAAAUCGAAGCCACCAGGGUGGCGGAGGAGAUGAAAGCUGAGUAUUGGCCAGUAUCUUCUCAGACAGGUGAAAAUGUAACUAAACUAUUCCAAAGAGUGGCGGCCCUAGCGUUCGACGCUGCGGUGCAACGAUCUAUGGAACCGAACCACCCAGUCAUUCAUCCUAGUGGGAAUAGUCUUCUGAAUCUCUACUUUCUCAGAAAAGAAGAAAAAAUCAAACAACGUAAAAUACGAUCUUUUUGUAGAAUAAACUAGUUUCACACAUCAAAGAUGGCCCCGGUAUUCAUAC